GCGGCCCGCUCUGUCAUCAGACGGCAUCAUAUAAAACGCCACCGUAUCAGGUCCCCCCUCUCUCUCCCGCUUCGUUUGUUUGGUUGAAGAAGCUUCGAAGCCCUAGCUGUCGUCACUGUUAUCGCCACAAUGAAGCUCGUCAGGUUUUUGAUGAAGUUGAACAACGAGACAGUGUCGAUCGAGCUCAAAAACGGCACCGUUGUGAACGGAACCAUCACAGGUGUGGAUAUCAGUAUGAAUACUCAUCUGAAGACGGUGAAACUUACACUCAAGGGGAAGAACCCAGUGACUCUGGAUCAUCUCAGCGUGAGGGGUAACAACAUUCGAUACUACAUCCUUCCUGACAGCCUGAAUCUCGAGACUUUGCUUGUUGAAGAGACACCUAGGGUCAAGCCCAAGAAGCCAACUGCAGGGAGGCCUAUGGGACGGGGGCGUGGCCGUGGACGUGGUCGCGGACGUGGCCGUGGCCGUUAAUUUUUGUGACACCUGGUUACGUAAACUCCUCUAUAGGAAGGAACUUGUCAUUGUGAUCUUGGAGACGUUGAAUGAGUUGCGGUACUGUACUUUAAUUUGUUGUCUAUGCCCAGUGAAUUCGUAAAGUUCUGUUAAGAAGUUAAUCAAAUAUGCUUUUGACAUCUCA